AGGUAGAGAGCAGCCUCAGUGUCCUAACAUCCUGCAGUGAGAGCGGAUGUGGUCCUUCUGCUCUCUCUCCCUCGUUCUCUCACUCCCUCCCUCCCGCACAGAUCGUCGACUUCACGAUACACAACACCAUCGCCCUCCCACACCCUGGACACAAUAACGCAACAGGACAGACUCUGUUACCCACCUCUUGAUCUGGCACUCAAGCGGUCAUCCAAGACGAGAAUUGCAACUCAAGCGGUUACUCAUCCCCUGACCUGACACUCAAGUGGUUGCUGAAUCCGGCUUUGAUACUCAAGCAGUCACCCACAACAGGUAUUCUCACUGACUGGUUACUCGCCAUGGAACUCACGCUCGAGCGGCGUCACUCAUAAAAAACGCCCAAUCAGUCACUCGAGCCGUCACUCAUUUAGCCGUCACACAAAAAUCGUCACUCUGUUGUCACCCAAGAGCCGUCACUCAGGAGUCGUCACUUAAGAGCCGUUACUCAAGAGCCGUCAAUCGAAGAGCUGUCACUCGAAGAGCCGUCACUCGAGGAGCCGUCACUCAAGAGUCGUCACUUAAAGCCGUCACUUAAAGCCGUUACUCAAGAGCCGUCACUAAAGAGCCGUUACUCAAGAGCCGUCACUAAAGAGCCGUCACUAAAGAGUCGUCGCUCAAGAGCUGUCAAUCGAGAGCCGUCACUAAAGAGCCGUCACUCAAUCAAAAGCCACGUUCAAGUCCAAUUGUUUAAAGAAAAUAUUAUUAAAUAAAAUUAAAGACUCAAUAAAACGUCGUGAGUAACAGUUCCUCCCCAAUCGUUACUCAGAGUCCCGUCCCCAAACAUUCUGUCAUCUUUGGUAACUCGAGAAAGUAAUCCAUCGAUAAUACAGACCGGUAACUCACUUGGUUACUCAUUAAUGAUUCAGUAACUCAUGUUGAAGAAGGUGAGAGGCAAUGAGUGAUAAAGAUUGAGAGAGAUGACUUCAGAUAACUAGAUGAUGACGUCAACAGCAUCAGGCACAAGACAUCAGGUGAGAAUGUCAAGAUAACUUCACGUUCAACUGAAGAAACCCAAAGUCCCGAACGUCUGUGGCAUUACCUCCCACACCUCUGUAAACUGUGAGGAGGAGGUAGAGGGGAAAAUCUUCAAUAGUUACCCCUUAAAUAUUAACCAAAGAAAACCUCUGCUCGUGACACGUGAUGGUGUGUCUUGACCUUGAUAGCUGUUAAAGCACGUUAGUGAUAAGAACAACAGCUGUGACGCUUAAAAAGAUAAAUAGAGUAAAAGAUAAACAUCAAAUUGAAAUGGACGACGAAUAAUUGAUGACAUUUUGAAGGUGUCAGUUUCAUCAUUGCUUCUACGAGCGGAAGCAACGACAACAACAGCUUCAACAGUAACAACAUCAACAGCAGCAGUAACAGCAACAGGACGCCAAAAUGUAUGGGAUGCUGCUUGAGAGUGUUAUGUACUUCGGCAGAGCGGAGUACGGUGAGGUGGUGUGGGAGGUGAUCAAGGAGACAGCUGGAUGUCGUAAUGCUGACUUCAAUAUCCACCACAUCUAUCCUGACUCUAUCUUCCGUAAGCUCGCCAACGCCUGUGCUAUCGUCACCCGCCAAGGGGAUGAUAAUGACCACCUCAGGUUCUUCGGCAGGUGCUUCGUCAGGUACUGCAGCCACUACCAGUACGACAAGAUGCUGCGGGUCACGGGCCGACACUUCUGCCAGUUCCUCAAGGAGAUGGACAACCUCCACUCACAGAUGAGGUUUGGGUUCCCUAAGAUGAAGUCUCCUUCCAUGGUCGUGACGAAUUACGAUAGUGACGGCGCCAUCUUGCAGUACCGCUCCUGUCGCCCCGGCCUCUCUCACUACCUCGUAGGUCAACUUCUGCAGAUCGCCACAUGACUUCUACAGGAUGACCUCGAUGUGGAGAUCUUGCAGA